UAAGAUUCAGUUCCGUUCACCGUUCCUUUGGUAACUACUUUAUGUACGAAACCCCCGAGAGUUUUUAUAUCUUAGUUCAGCAAUAAAAAUUGAAAAAUGUUUUAAAACAGUAAAAAAGUGGAGUGUGAUUAACAAGAAAAUCGCGUAUAAUCCUAUAUCUAGCAUUCUGAUGUCCUACCUUCCUGUCAUUGUGAUUUAGCAUCCUAAAUUUGAUAAUUUUUUAGUUCUAGUGAAUUUAGUGAAACUGUAUCUACAUCACACGAAUAAUGUAUCCUCAGGACACUAUGCAGUCAAAUUGAAGCAAAAAUCGUUUGAUUUGUUAUGAUUUUGAAUGCAUUUAACAACUUCCAAAGGUAAUAUCAAUGUAGUCUGGAAAUGGUGUGUAAGGAGGAAGUACUGCUAUGGUUCAAGGACUUGGAUAGUCACAAUAGGAUAGAUUUGGUGUACGAGUUGUUAAAUAUGUGUUUACCAUUCGAGGUACGUUUUUUCGGCUCCUGCAUCGAAGAAUUAGGAAGACUUACUUAUCUAGAACUACGGGGACCCAGCAUUACAGCCAAUGACCUAGAGAAAUUAUCAAAGGAUGGGUCCUUUACUCAUGGUAUAUUAGACGAGAGCGUUCGGCAUAGGUUGAUAAUUUACAUGUCUCUGCUGUCGUCAAAUAAUUGCAGUGUAGCCAAUUGGUUUUAUCAAAAUUUAUUAAGGACAGACUCCAUUGAUGAGUAUUUAAAAGAGAAGGGAAAGGAAGAAAUGUUACAUAAUGAAUUUUUGUUGUUGUUUACAAUGGCGUUACAUCAUCCUGCAUUUACGUAUGAACAAAAACAGUUUUUUAAUAAGGUGCUAAUGAGUUUAAUUGAUAUUAGGGAAAAUAGGGUAUCAGCCAAACACAGUGCACUAGGAUAUCCACCUGGAUUUGGAUAUCCAACUCAAAAGUCAAUGGAGAUUCCGGUGAUUCCCGUAAAGACUGCUCCUACAACAUGCGGCGACUCACCUGCGAUAUUUCAUCAACCACCUGGUCUGUCCCACCUACCCCCGCCACCAGCGAAUUUUGAUUUUAACAACAUUUCUAUGUGGAAUAGGCCAGGGUUCCCUUAUGGUGCUCCGGAGGUGAGUGUCCCGCCUUUCCCAGCACCAACAAUUUCGCCACUAGUCAGCCAAGCAGCUUCACCCAGUCAAAGCCGAAGCACAUCACCACAUCGGACACCUAUAGUGAGACCACCCCCACCACCGCCUCCCGGGGGAAUACAGCCACCACUUCAACCCCCGGGAAUACCUGUGCCACCAACGAUACACAUACCUCCGCCAAGUAUAGAGGUGCUUACUGGGCCUCUGGUAAAUACACAAGUUACCGUAGAGCCAGGUCCUCCUCCUCCUAGUAUACCAGUGUUUAGUCCUCCUCUAGAUUUAAAAUCAGUCGAGGAUGAUCCAGUCAAGUUAACUCCUGCAGAAGACAAGCGUGAUAUUAUGUGGCCUGCCGAUCUAAAACCAAAUGGUAUUCGUUUUCCUCCGAUCAUGGGAAAAAUGCGACCAUACCUAGUAGAACAAAUACAAGCGAUGAACCUAGAAGGUGAGAACGCUCUACACCACUCUAAUUCGUCAAGUAAUAGUAGUCCGAAUGAGACGCCGCCUAGCACCCCUUCAAUUACACCCGCAACUACACCCCACGGACCUGGGAGGGGAGGGGAUGCGAAUGCGAAGCCACGUUCCAAUGGUAUGCCUCCGUUUGGGGUAAGCCCCGGCCCGCCGAUGCCAGAUACGCAGUCCCCGCCGCCAUUCAGCAACAGUACCGUGCCUUAUAGUUUUCAACAGCCGUUCACUACUUUGCCGCCUAACAGGUCAAUGUUUCACUAUAACCCAGCCUAUAGGCCUACAUUUACUGCUCAGUUUCCUAACCCUACCUUUCCCCCGACUGACACUAAUUAUCCCCCGUUUACCGUUCCUUAUUUUCCUUUUGUCUAUUCUAGCCAAUACCCCCCGAGGACUCCACCGGGAUGUUAUAACUGUGGUGCCCCUAAUCACGUGGGCAGUGAGUGUACCAAUCAGACCAUAGACGAGAUCACGCAGAAGAAGACUUAUGUUUUGGAUUAUAACUUACCACUACCGGAUGCGGAGAAAUGAUAGUGUUUUAGUGCGGUUAAAAAUCUGUUAAAAUGAAGAUCAACUCAUCUGGUCACGGAACAUAAACUCGAGUCAAUAAUAUAUAGUGCUGUGCUAUAUUGUUUUAAUGUAAUUGUUUUAUUCUUAUUCAAAGUAUGAAAUUUUAUGAACAUGAUCAUUUUUACAGUUAUACAAAUUCGUAGAGGGAUAUUCAUUCUAAAAUUAAACGAAACAACUAAGAUACUCUAUAAAUCAACUUACUUUUAUUAUACAGGGUGUUUGGUAAAGAAUGGGCCAUAGCUUAACCUUAGUACAAAAGUUGAUAAUAACCGGCAUACAGGGUGUCAAAGUUAAACUUUUAUUUUAUUUAUUUUUGAAUAUUUCCUGACAGGCAUGGGACAACACGAAAUUUGGUAAGUGGUGCUGGUACUGUACACCCUACUAAAUUAUGUUAAACAAACGUUUCUGGCUACUACCAGAGGCGUACGACGGGGGAACGUGAAUGGUUGACCCUUCCCAAAUUCUACGCCACUGGCGGAAUUUCUAUUUUAGUGCAAUUUUUUGGUUCUGCAAUACUUUAUAUGUAAAUAACAUACUCUUCAUUCGUAACGAUAAAGCCAUUAGUUUUCGAGAUAUUUUAGCUAAAAACGAAGGAGCAUAAUACAUUAAUCAAAAUAAGUGUGCCUUUUCAUUUUUAACUUCAAAUAUAUCGAAAAUUAAUGACUUUAUCGUUACGAAUGAAGAGUAUAUUAUUUGCAUAGAAAGAAUUAAAGAAUCUAAAAAUUGUGGUAAAAUAGCAUUUUCAUCAGUGGCGUAGAAUUUGGGAAGGGUCAACCAUUCACUUUCUCCUGUCGUACGCCUCUGGUAUUAACCACAAACGAUUAUUUAACAUAAUUUAGUAGGGUGUACAGUACCUACACUUUCUGCCAAGUACCAUAAGGAUAUGUCAAAUAGUUUUAUAGUACUGGGAACACAAGUUUUAAAUAAAGAAUAAAUUAUUUAAAAAAAAAAAAGAAUACUUUAAAAUAAUUUGACAUAUCCGUGUGAUACUUGGCAGAAAGUGUAGGCACUGUACACCGUACUAAAUUAUGUUAAUAAUCGUUUCUGGCUACUACCAGAGGCGUACGACAGGGGAAAGCGAAUGGUUGACCCUUCCCAAAUUCUACGCCACUGAUGAAACUUCUAUUUCAGCACAAUUUUUAUAUUCUCAAAUACUUUUUAUGCAAAUAAUAUACUCUUCAUUCGUAACGAUAAAGUCAUUAGUUUUCGAGGUAUUUGAAGUUAAAAAUGAAAAGGCACACUUAUUUUGAUUAAUAUAUUAUGCUCCUUCGUUUUUAGCUUCAAAUAUCUCGAAAACUAAUGGCUUUAUCGUUACGAAUGAAGAGUAUGUUUUUUACAUAGAAAUAUAAAUCAAAAAAUUGCACUAAAAUAUCAAUUACGCCAGUGGCGUAGAAUUUGGGAAGGGUCAACCAUUCACGUUCCCCCGUCGUACGCCUCUGGUAGUAACCAGAAACGUUUGUUUAACAUAAUUUAGUAGAUUGUACAAUACCAGCACCACUUACCAAAUUUGGUGUUGUUGUCCCAUGCCUGUCAGGAAAUAUUCAAAAAUAAAUAAAUUAAAAGUUUAACUUUGACACCCUGUAUGUCGGUUAUUAUCAACUUUUGGACUAAGGUAAGUUAGUUUAAAUCGACCUAUUUUAAUCUCAGGAAUCUGAGGUCAAGCUAUGGUGCUUCUGUUUUUGAUAGAAUAAGUAGAGUUAUUAAAUGAUCACGUCAACUAGGAUCUAGCAUUCCAAAUUGUGUGGUUUUUACGACUAAAUUACCAAAGUUAUGUUAGUGUUUAUCUGGAAGUGCUCCAAAGUACGACUCUACAGCUGAUUGAACGAAAAACGCUGAGAGGAUCUUCGGUUUGGGAAUAGAUAAAAGUCCGAAGGGGUCAAAUAUGGGGAAAAGGGUGGAUAGUACUGUGCUUUAUACUACAAAUUGCUUCAUUUCCGCAUUGCCAUGAUACUUUUACUGGCAGGUACCUGGAUCUCACGGAAAAUGAUGAAUAUUCUAGUGCUUCAUACUGUAGAUCCUCCAAUUUCUUCAUUAACAAGACACAUUGUGAUCAGGUGCCUCGUUCUGAUAGAUAUUCCACUGCUUCAUACUGCAGGUCCUUAAUUUCUUCAUUGCCAAGACACUUUUGAGAGCAGGUGCCUUAUUAUGAUGAAAAAAGGUGGAUUUUUCAGCGCUUCAUACUACAGAUUCCUGAAUUUAUUGCUAAGGCACUUUUGCGAGCAGGUGUGUUGUUCUGGUGGAAAAAAAUGGAUAUUCCAGUGUUUCUUACUGCAGAUAGCUCAAUUUGCUCAUUGCCAAUACACUAUUGCGAACAGGUGCCUUGUUCUGAUGGAAAAUGAUGAUUCUUUCAGUGCUUCAUACUGCUGAUCCUUCAAUUUAUUCGUUGUUAAGACACUUUUGUGGGCAGGUGGCUUGUUUUGAUGGAAAAUGAUGUUUUUCUACUAUAAUGUCUUCACGAAUGCUUACCUCCAGUUUGGUUCUGAGCUGAGAGUACUACUUUCCAAUUAUGGCUUUAGCUUUUUCAAGGUAGUCAAUGACAAAAUUCCUUUCACGUGCUAAGCACCUAUCAUGUGACCUUUAUAACCGUUGUCGCCAUCUUUGGAGCUGAAUAAUCGGUUCUUCAAUCCAUGUUUCAUCCAUUGUAACGUUUCGAUGUGAAAAUCGCUCAAAACACUUUUCAAAAAAUUGAAAAAGAGUGAUAUGUUUUUGUUUACACUUAUGACAAAGGAAUGAAUGGGACAAAGUAUUUUAAAAGGGAAAUAAUAUAAAAGUAAAAUAUUUAAAUUCUAGCUGAGCACAAAGCCAUCUUGAGAGCUAGGGUAAAAAUUUAAAAAGUACCACUAUGUACUAAAGGGGGUUGAAAAAAUUUUAUUGAAAAAUUUAUAAAAUUCUCCCUCAGAAAGAAGAAAAAACUUGGAUGAUGGUUAGAAAAACAUUUAUCAAACGGUACAUUAAGGACUGAAAAAAAUAUACAGAGCGCUCCAUUUGAAAUAAAAAAAGUUCAUUAGAUUUCCAGAUAAACUGAAGAUCUGACAACAAUGUAAAUACCACCAUAAUAUAGUUAUUUUGCAUUUUGUUGACGUUUGAUUUAGUUUUAGAAUGAAUCUCACUCAAUUUAAAUCUUUAUUAUGUCCUGUUAAUGUUUAUAAUUUUAAUUGUGACUCGAAAUAAAGCACGGACCCGAACCAGACGAGUUCGAUGUUUAUUUUAAGGUAAAAAUCCGUCUGGAUUAUUACGUAGAGCAUUAUUUUAUACAUGAUUACAGAAUGGUAAGUCUUUUAGAAAGACAUCGAUGUAAUAUUACACAUAAUUUAUAGUUGAAAUGAGAUUCAUGUUCUUUAUGAUGUAACUAAUUUAUGAGAUUGUGUAAUUAUAAACAUUUUCGAUUGAUUUCGACGUGCUCUUUAUGGGGUUUACAGUUUAUUAUCGGGUGCGGCCCAAAAAAUCAACUGUCAUCAACACGCCUAACUUCACGCGCAACUUUGAUGUAUACAAAAAGCAUAGGCACCAAGUUGGAGAUGACCCUAUCAUAUUAACACCAACUCGCAUAUACAGGGUGUUUCAUUGGGAAACGGAAAUACUCUAAUGGUGAAUAGAGGUCACCGAGGCCGUUCUAGAUAUACUAAAUUUUUUGCCCUAUCGACUUUUAUAUCCGAGUUACAGGGUGUUUUAUCGAUUUUGCUCAUUUCUUUCCUAAGCCAUAACUUUAGAACUACCCUGUAUAUUUUUUUAAUAUUUGGUACACAUAUGUCUCAUUCAAAACCCAACCGAAUGACAUACUAAUCACAAGAAAAGGCCAGGUCCGGAUUAACAAAAAAUUAUAAUGUUAUUGUGACCUUAAAACAACACCCUGUAUAUUGAAAAAACUAAGUCUAAUGGUUCGCUUCGACUUUUCGGCCAGACAAUUUUUUGACUUUAAUUUUGAAAUUAUAUUGAAUUUUUUGAGAACUCGACUUUGAGAAAAAAGCAGGUAUUAUUAACUUUUAAUUAUAAAUUAUUAUAGUUAUUGAAUAAAUCGCCUUCCGGAAACAAUACCGGGACAACUCAGAAUUGGUCGUUUUUGAGAUGUCUACACUAAAAUAUAGAGGAUUUUAAGCUCUAUAAUCCGCCAUGACUGGGACAUUUUUAAGUGCAAUACUCUCCGAGUGAGGGCGCUAGGUCCACUAUUACAUUCAGACUGGUAGUGGGCUAACGCUAAAAUCCGUAGUAAACCUUUUGAAUCGUCUCAGUGUGCAUGCCACAAUGAUCACAAAAAUAUUCAUAAUAAUGAAAUGAUUCUUCCAACAAUACUGGGACAACUCAAAAUUUUUUCAAUUAAUUGCUAAUUAUUAAAUCGAGUGAUAGCACAAGAUUGCUAAAAUGAACUGAAAAGCAAUCUUUGACAUCAACUGAAACAAAGAACAUAGUUUUAGUCAAAAACGUAUAUAACUCAAAGCCUAAAAUGGCUGUGCAAAAUUCCAAAAACUUUAAACUCGAUUUUCUCGAAACACGUUUUUUGAGUUGUCCCGGUAUCGUUGCCGGAAGGCGAAAUACUCAUUUUAAAAUGAAUCAGUACUUAUUUACCACAUUGGAAAGACCCAAUUAUUAAUCGCAAGAAAAAUCCAGGUCCGGAUUAACAAAAAAACAAAGUAAUUGCGACCUUAAAACAACACCCUGUAUAUUGACCACCCUGCAUAUAAGACCACAAAAAUCCGAGUUUAUCGGUUCACUUUGAUUUUUUGUGAAAAAAUUUAUUAACUUUAAUUUUGGAAUUAAAUAUAUUAAAAUUUUUAAGAACCCUGAAAUUAAUAAGCAGGUUGUUAAAGCACUUUUAAUAAUAAAUCAUUCAAGUUAAUGAAUAAAUACUAAUUUUAAAAAUAAUCAGUUAUUAUUUACUGCGUUAGAAGGACUCAAUUACUAAUCACAAGAUAAAUCCAGGUCCGUAUUAACAACAAAAUACAAAGUAAUUGUGACCUUGAAAAAACACGGUGUAUAUUGAAAUUUUUAAAAUACGUUUGCACACCUGAAGAGGGCACGAAAAACUAAGUUUAAUGUCCCGCUUUAAUUUUUUGUGCAGACAAUUUAAUGACAUUACUUUUGAAAUUAUAUCGAAAUUUUUAUUAUGAGUUCCCAGAGUUCUUAAAAAUUUCGACAUAAUUUCAAAAUUAAAUUAAUUAAUUUGUCUGGCCAAAAAAUUGAAGAGAACGAUUAAACUUACUUUUUUGUGCUCUUUUCAUACCUAUGUGCAAAAGGAUUUUGAAAAUUUCAAUGUAGAGGGUGUUGUUUCAAGGUUACAAUUACUUUAUAUUGUUUUGUUAAUCUGGGCCUGGAUUUUUUUUGUGAUUGUAAGUGGGUCGUUCGAAUGUCGUAAAUAACUAUUGAUUAUUUUUAAAAUGGGUAUUUAUUUAAUAACUUUAACCCUUUCAGGGCACAGUUCAAUAAUUUAAGAGGCUAGUGGAGUCUUUGUUAUCAUUGGAUAACAAAUCCAAAUUUAUACUUACACCCCUUUGAACAAACAACUAACAUGCUUAUAAUUUUUUUGCUUAUUGAUUGCAUGUAGUGAAUAACCUAUAAUAAAAAAAAUUUAAUAACUUUAAUAAUGUAUUGUUAGAAGUGCUUUAAAAAUCUGCUUUUUAAUUUCAGUGUUCUUAAAAGUAUCAAUAUAUUUAAUUUCAAAAUUAAAGUCAUUAAAUUUCCUUCACAAAAAAUUAAAGUAAACCGAUGAACUCAGUUUUUUGUGGCAUUUUUAAAUGUGCAAACAAAUUUUGAAAAUUUCAAUAUACAGGGUGUUGUUUCAAGAUCACAAGUACUUUGGGUUUUUUUGUUAGUCCGGACCUGGAUUUUUCUUGUGAUUAAUAAUUGGGUCAUUCCAAUGUGGUAAAUAAGUAUUGAUUAAUUUUAAAUUGAGUAUUUAUUUAAUAGCUUUAACAAUUUUUAAUUAAAAGUUAAUAAUGUCACGAGUUCUUAAAAAAUUCAAUAUAAUUUCAAAAUUAAAGUCAUAAAAUUGUCUGGCCGAAAAAUUGAAGCGAACGAUUAGACUUAGUUUUUUGUGCUCUUUUCAAAUAUGCAAACAGAUUUUCAGAAUUUCAAUAUACAGGGUGUUGCUGUAAGGUCACAAUUACUUUAUAAUUUUUUGUUAAUCCGGACCUGGAUCUUCAUUAUGAUUAGUAUGUCGGUCGGUUGGGUUUUGAAUGAGACAUAUGUGUACCAAAUAUUAAAAA